AAAUAAACCACUGACGUGAUGAUGACUGCGACAGCAGCGGCGUGUCGGCGGUUGGUGGGGCGGGCGGCCGUGGUGACCGGCGCUGGUGCUGGGAUCGGAGCUGCCAUUGCACGGCGGCUGGCAGAAGAAGGAGCAAGGGUUGCGGUUGUUGAUCGCUGCGCCGCUUCCGCAGCACACACCGUCGACGCCAUCCAGAAAGCAAAAGGCGAAGCUGUGGCCAUCACCGCUGACAUGCGGGAUGAAAGCAGCGUGAUUGAUGCAGUCAAGUCCAGCCAGGCAUCCCUCAACGGCCUUGACAUUGUGGUGAACAACGCAGCGCAGUUCCACUUUGGGUCUUUGGAAGACACGACACUGGAAGACUGGCGUCGAUUGCUGGAGACAAACGUCAUUGGCUACGCCAACAUGAUCAAGCACGCUCUUCCCGCCCUCAGAGCCUCUCAACACGCCGCCGUCGUCAACAUUGCAUCCGUCAGCUCAUUUGUGGCACAGCCGCAGAUGUUUGUCUAUAAUGCCAGCAAAGGCGGGGUGUUGCAGCUAACGCGGUGUCUUGCCAUGGACCUUGCACCGGACACCAUUCGCGUCAACGCCGUCUGCCCCGGCUCCAUCCUCACCCCGGCAGCUUACAACCACAUGGACAAUCUUGGUCUCGAUCAUGAAGAAGGCACGAAGGAGUUUGCGAGCGCUGCGCUCAUGAACCGGUCUGGACAGCCUGAGGAAGUGGCGAGUGUGGCUGCCUUCUUGGCAUCCGAUGAUGCCAGCUUCAUGACGGGCGCGCACAUUGUCGUUGAUGGCGGUGCAACGCUUGACUAGCCGCAAGCAAUGAACCAAGACUGCAUGCAAGAAUCCUUGCAUCUCCUCGUUACCUUUGCACCACGAGCAUUGUGUACCAUCUUUGUUUCGCGCCGUUGCUUUCCAUUCUGAAUGACACUCCGACUCCUCUCUGUGUGUGUGUGUGUUGAUGAUCAACAUCCAUGACCGCCAUGAGGCUUUUCUUCUUUCUCGAUGCUCCAGUGCGCAGUUGUUAUUUCGCGCAAGCAGCUCUGAUGAUGUGGUGUUGCAUGUUCUAUGCGGUGUGAAUGAAUCACAGACAUGCACUGACACAAGAAAGCAAUCACCUCCCCAG